UUUUACAUAUCGCAUCAAAACUUCAUCUUCAUAUCGAUUGUGUCGGGGCUCAAAACGGCACUUAUUGCUCCACACGGUUAUUUCCUAAUUCGGCCUGCUUGCCCUAAAACUUGGACUUUGUAUACGAUACAAGCCCCUAAAUCGAAGUCCACGAUCUCAUCACACUGUCGAUUCAAUCUUAACUACGUCUGAAAUAUACCAAAAACACUCUCCAACUCGAAACAAAAGUCCUCGAAAGAUGUGCUGGAACGACUGCUCCGACGAGCCAGCCGGGCCCAUCAGGGUCGUCGAGCGUCGCCGCAUCUACCGCACAAUCCCCUCCUCUCCGCGGCCUGUGUCGUCCGGUUCCAGGUCUAGCUACUACCUGUACCAACCAGCUUCUCCGCGACCAUCAUACACAACUAUCACCAGAACACACAGACAAACGCGCUCCGAGACACUGGUCCCGCUAGGCGAAACUGUGUUUUAUCGUCGCGCAUCUUAUGACCGUGCGCGCCCUCGUUCGUCUGUGCCGGUACAGAUCGAAUAUGGUAGUGGGCGAAUUAGCCCUGAUGUGAGGAUCAUUGAACGUAGGGGGUAUGACUGAGCUGGUUUUUUGGCGUGCUACUUUACUAGUUUGUUUGGAGUUUAUAAUGGCUUUUUUCUCGCAUUUUAUUUCGAGUUUAUGGAGUUGGGAUACAUGGAUACCCAAGGGUAAAAGGCAUGGAAAUUUCGGCGUGGUCAGAAUGGGCUUGUAUUAUAUGCAUUGUGGUAUCUGGAUUGAUAUAUUGUUUUUUGUUUCUUCCCGGGUUUGAAGUGUUGACAUAAAUCUAUAUUUUUUCUUCUCUUUGAUCAAUCUGGCAGUGAUAGCUGGUAGAAUUCAAACCUUGAUUUCAAUGAGAACAAUAAUUUGCUGGAAGAAACAGGCAUACAUAUGUAUCGGUGUCCGAUUAUGAUAUACAACUAGUAGUGAAUAUUGGG